CAAUAAAACCCUCCAUCCAUCCUUCCGCAUCUUCCUCUCCGUCUUGUCUGUCCGUCCCUCGUCCUUCUCACUUUCGCCGCUAUCUAAAAGCCCUAAAGCCGGAGCAGAGAAAAACCUUUCUCCGAUCGACCUCUCCGGCGUGCGGUUCCGGGAAACCAAGCCUCGCUGUUGGCGUUCCGAGCGGGAUACGUGGCUGCGCUCAUGGGAUGCAGCAGCUCCAAGCUCGACCGCCUGCCCGCCGUCUCCCUCUGCCGCGACCGCACCGACCUCCUCGAGGACGCGCUCCACCGUAGCUACGCCCUCGCCGACGCCCACGUGGCCUACCUCCACUCCCUCCGCUCGUUCGGCGCCGCUCUCCGCCGCCUCUCCGAUCGGAGCCCUCGAACCGACGGCGGGAGGCCCUCGAAGAAGCCGCCCGCUCAGGUCGCCGCCGCACCGCCCGGUCACUCCCCCUCCUCCUCCUCCGGCUCGACCUCCUCGUCUGGCUCUCACAUCCACUUCGACGACUCCGAAGGCGACGACAAUGAUGACAACGCUAACAACGUGGCGAGCUCGACGGCUUCUCUUUCGGCGAGCGACGCCCGCGUCGUCGUCGACGAGCACGAGGAUUAUUACAAUCCCGAGUCGUUGAAUCCGUUCUUCGAGAGAUUCGUGUCGAUCAGUUACAUGAAGAAUCAACCUGCUCGAUCCAUUACUCACACUCUCCCUGUUUACGAUCAUUACAACGACCAUAACGAGACCAGUCAGAUCUUUUAUUAUCCUUCUUCGCAACACGAUGGCCAGUCGGCGUCGAAUGCGCCGCCCCCUCCUCCUCCUCCUCCUCCUCCGCCACCAAGCGACUCGACGUGGGACAUUCUGAAUUUCUUCGACGGGUACGACGGAUACGCAGUGCCUGUUGCUCGUCACAACAGAGCGAAGGAAGAGAGCAAAGUUCUGAAGGAAACUACUCAUGGAGGUCAUGGACGUACUGUUGAGGGAGUGGAAACAGGACAGAGGGAGCCCGUCAAGAGUAAUUACUACGUUAAAGCGCCUUCAGUUUCGGUGUCGGAGAAAGUUGGACCCAAAGAGAAGUGCAGUUAUUCAGCUGAGCCGAAAGACGGCGGAAGUGGAAGGGACGUGUCCGAGAUCGUCGAAGAAGUCGAAUCCCUCUUUAAGGCGGCUUCGGAGUCCGGCGACAAGGUCUCGAGAUUACUCGACCUCGCAAAGUUUCGUUACCACCACAAAAAUGGCGUCUACCAAGUUUCGAGCAAGACGACUUUGCAUGCGAUACCCACGUCGCGAACAAGCCUCGCUGCAAAAGCAGAGGGCGCAUCUGCAAAAGGGGAUGGGGACCGAGGCCGGGAUGCGGUGGUGGGCUCGCCGGGGAAUUUCUCGGGCACCUUGAAGAAGCUGUGCAUGUGGGAGAAGAAGCUCUACAAUGAAGUCAAGGCUGAGGAAAAGUUGCGGGUGAUGUACGGGAGGAAGUGUAGGGAGCUAAGCCACAUGACCAACAAAGGCGCCGAAGCGGGCAAAAUUGAGGCUACUCGGGCCAUGAUCCGGGCAUUGUCCACAAAGCUGCAGAUCGCGAUUCACGUCAUUCACAAGAUCUCGGUCAAGGCGAACAAGCUCAGGGACGAUGAGCUCUGGCCCUGGAUCCACCAACUCGUUAAUGGAUGGUUGGAGAUGUGGAAGUCUAUGGAAGAGUGCCACAGGGGUCAGUACAAAGCAGUUGCGAAAGCAAAGAACUUGGACUCAAUUUUAUCCUCCCCCAAUCAAAAUGAUGCGGACCAUCUUGAAGAGCUCGUCCAGAUCAAGCUCGAGAUUCAGAACUGGACCUUAUGCUUCUCCAACUGGAUCUCUGCCCAAAAGGGCUGCAUCAGAGCUUUAAAUAGCUGGCUCAUGCGAUGCCUUUCGCACGAACCAGAACAGACAACCGACGGUGUCGCCCCCUUCUCUCCCGGCAGAAUUGGAGCGCCGCCGGUUUUUGUGAUCUGUAACCAGUGGUCACAGUCUCUGGAAAGGCUCUGUGAGAAGGAGGUUGUUGACGCAAUGAAAGAACUUUUGUCGACCGUCCAGAAGAUCAGCGAGCAACACUACGCGACAUUGCAGCAGAAAAUCCCAGCAGACAAGGAAAUAGAGAGGAAGGUUAAGCUAAUAGAGAGGAAGGAGCAGAAGAUUCACAAGGAGAUGCAAGCCAAGGACCGAUCCGUGGUAUUGAAGUUUCGGGAAGAUUCUACUGCACCCCUAAGGGCUCGAUGUGAAGUUACAACUGGGAGUAGCGUACAGCCAUGUCUCAAGCACAUUUUCAAGGCCAUGGAGAUUUUGUCAGCAGAUUCAGUGAGAGCAUGUGAAGAGCUAUGCACACGUGCCAAAGAAUACCCAUAUUCUCGACAAAGCUCAAAACGUUUCUGAUCAUAAAGCCUUGCAAUGUCCCUCUAUUUCAAGAUCUGUUUUUUUUUUUUUUUCGAGGAAAGGACCAUGACAUGUAUCCUUAUUGCAUGCUUUUUAGCUACGCUGACAUAAUAAAGCUCACAAAGGGCAACAUUUACGGUGCUCAUGCUUCAAUAAUAUACAAAGUGAUAUGGGAAA